AUAGGUGCAUUUGCUUAAAUUAAUUGUCUUUGAAAACACUGACUGAAAAUUUGGAUUAAAAUGAUGUCUUUUGAGACCAAAGACGGAAAAAUUAUUCAUGCCGAGCUAGAACUGAUGAAUCGCUCCAACGUGAUACGCGCCAUGUGCAGGGCAUGCCCGGAGGAGAGCGCGGAGGAUGCCAUCAUACCGCUGCACGGCAUCCGCAGUGAGGUGCUGUUGAAGAUUCUCAUAUGGGCCGAGUUUCACAAGGACGACAAGGAGCCCCAAUGGGUGAACAAGCCCAACCCGGUCCCGGUCCUGGAGAUCGAAGUGCAGACCGGCGACUGGGACAAGGAGUUCCUGCGCGAAGACUUGAACAACAUCUGUGAGUUGCUGGAGGGCGCCAAUUACCUCGAGAUCAACUGGUUGAUGAAGCUGUGCAUUCAGAAAAUAUUCUUCAAUCGCGGAAGGCUCACAAGCUACCAGUGGAACACAUAUUUGAAAAAUGUACAGGCCCUGGUUGAGUUUGCGGUGGUCGUCGUCCCUCCAAAUUUUGAAUCCCUGAACCGUGAUUUGGAUUGGUAUAGACACCAAAAUGCUGGAAUUUUGCCAAAUAAAUAAAAAUAUGUCUUGUUG